GCAAACAUAGAUAAGCGCGUUCUCACGAAAUUAUCAGUCAAACUUUUAUGUAUUUCUGACAUCUCCUUUUUUUCUUUCCCAGGCAACAAUGAACGGACCAGUUUAUGCGUCAUCCUGUCCCGCAUUGCAAUCGAAUCUCUCGCUGCACAGCUCAUCCUAUUAUAGUGAGUAUAGCGGCACUACGCGAAGACGAUUAUCUUCGACAGGAGAGGCGGACACUUCCGCCACAUCGAGUUACGAGGGUAGCGACAGCUCCGAAAACAGCGAUGAGUCGCGUCUCGAUCCCGUCAAUCAAAUGGAACGAGAACAACUCGAGACUUUCUUUCGCGGAUUAAAAUCGCAGGUAUUCGUCUGCGAGUCGCUGGCGAACUUAUAUCUCGGCAGCGCCUCUCAGACAGAGAGGUGGGAGCUUCGUUUCACCGGGAUACCCGUGGUGGUUCUCGAUCUUGGCGAGACACGGUCAAGAUCUAAGAGACGGAUUCAAAUUUUAUUAGCAGAACGCGGUACUUGCUUCACUCUCUGGCGCGAGACUAUUGACAACCUCUCAUCAUACAAGGUA